AAUCUGUGGCAUAAAAUAGAAAAUAACCGGAUGGAAUGAGCCAAUUGCCAACACAAUGCAAAUAUGUCAAAAGCGGUCUAAAGUCAAAACUCAAAAUAAAAAUCACAAAAAUUAAAUCAAAUCAACACUUUACAAUAAAAGUGCAGAAAAACUUUAAAUAUUGCGAUUUUAAGAAAUUUGCAUAUUGAAUUACGACUAUUUGGUGUGUUGUUUGAAAAUAAACAAUGGAUAUGAGAGCAGAGAAAAUUGCGAAAGCUCGUCAAAAGCUCAAAGAUCACCAGGCUAUGAAAGUUGUUGAUGUACAAAAGGAACAGUGCUCAAAGAAAUCAUUUGUACCAUUUCAGGAAACCCAAAAUAACUCUAAUUCUUUAAUUACUGAUACUGUGAUAGAUUCAAAUCAACAUAACUUGCAAUUGACUGAGAAAAUCGAUGUGGUAGCAUCAAAUGGUAAUAACAACAUUGAAAAAAAAUUUGAUGUCAACAUAACUGAAAUUCUCAUAUCAACCAAAACAAAUCUCGAAGUACAAAUAAAAAAUUUAACUGAAAAGUUAAUAGACAUAGAAAAUCUUCAUAAUUUAGAAAGUACUAAUCAUAACAUAACAAAACAAAAAGUUCUUUCCUUAGAACAAGAACUUGGUGUCUUAUCAAACAAAUAUGACCUUGCGUUACAAGAUAUAUCAAUUAAAAAUGAAACUUUAUCAGCGUUGCAAAAUGACUUUACCAAAAUUAGAGAUGAAAACAACAAUUUGGUAGAACAAUUGGAAUUUACAAAGUCUAUGUUGUCAACAAAAGAAUAUGAAAAUACAGAACUUCACAAUAAAUUAAGUUAUUGCCUAAACCAAAUAGAUGUUCUUCAGUUACAAAUACAACAGUUGACUAACAGCACAACAGCACCAACUGACCAGAGCAGCAAAACUGCAGGACCAUCAGAGGCUUUAGUAAAAAAAAUAUCUAACUUGGAGAAAACUAUUGAGUCUUUACAAAAAGAAAGAGAUCAAAUCAAUUGUCAUUAUGAGCACUAUGUAAAUGAUUUAAACAAGCAAUAUAGGUCAGAAGUAAAAAGAAAUGAAAAUCUUGCACAAGAAAUACAGAACUUAUACAGCAGAGAAAAUAGUCUUAUUGAACAAAUUAGUGACAUGGAGAUACGCAUGCAAAACUAUAUUAUUAUGAAAAAUGAGAAAAUUCAGAAACAAGAGAGUCAAGUGGAGUUACAGAAUAAAUUACAGGCUUCUGAAGAACAACUGGUGGAAGUCAAUGCCAAAUAUGAAGAACUUCAGAAGCAGUAUAUGGAUAGCCUUGAAAAGAUAAAAGAAUUAAGCCAAGUUAAAGAAACAGAGUGCAAUCAUGAUAACAUAAGUAUCAACAAAUUGAAUGCUGAUAUAACAAGUGAUAAAAUAGCUGCACAAAGAGCAACUGAACAAAAUAGGAAAUUGAAAUCUGAUGUAGAAGACCUUGAACAAGUCAUUGUAAAAUUGGGCAAUGACAAAUUAGAACUCACAGAAAUGUGGACACAUGAAAAACAAUUAAACAAGGGAAUUGCACUAAAAUUAGCUGAAGCUGAAGAAAAUCUAAAAAAUAGUUUGAAACAGUUAAAAGCUAAGGAUGAGGAAAUGAUAAGACUACUAAACGAAAUUCGGGACCUGGAGAGGAAAUAUGAAAGUAUGAUUGACAAGGAUAGCCAGUCAAUACAAGAAGAAGAUAUAGAAAAAACGUGCGAACAUGACAACCAUGAAUGUCAUAAUCAUCAUAAUCAUACUACCUCUGAUCAAGGAGAAAUACCAGCAGUUAUUUCUGAUUUAACACCUCUUGUUGAAUUGAACCAACCUAUAAAUGAAUUUAAUAUAAACUCACACAAUAUUAUGCCUAAACAAGAUGCCAUGAGUAAGCUUCAAGAACGUUUUCUUAAUAUAAUGGAUCAAGUUGCUAAUUUAUCAGAUGAAAAACAUAGACUAGAACAUAUCAUACUACAACUACAAACUGAAACUGACACAAUUUGUGAAUAUGUGGCACUUUAUCAGCAGCAACGCAGUUUGUUGAAGAAACGUGAGGAGGAAAGAAGUAAUCAACUAAAAAUUUAUCAAACCGAAUGUAACAAACUGAAACAACAUUUAGAAGAACUUCGCAAUUUACUUUUGAAAUUUGCUGGUGAUCAGGAAAUGGAAUCAUUUUUCAAAGAAGAUCAAAGGCAUAACGAUCUGAUGAGAGUUAAGGAAUUGCUUGAAGAGUUACAAAACUGUUCAUUGAUCAAUCCUAAAUUUAAACAUUUAGACCUCAACAUAUUUUACCCUUGUAGCUGUUGCUCUGGUCAAGUCAUUGAUAUUUGAUAAUUAUGACAAUAUUAAUUUUAGUGACAAUAUUCAAUAUUGUAAAUACUAUAUCAAACAAUGUAAGAUUCAAUAUUUAUAAAUUCAGAAAAAAAUUGCAAAAUGUGGAAAGUAAAAUUAGAAGUAAAUAAACAUUAGAGCAGAAUAACCACAGAAUAAUUUGUAAACCUUAUUCUUCUCUAGUUUUUGUUAUACUUGGUCCCAAGUAUUAAUUUUAUUUUUGACACUAGCGAGUAAGCGACUUUUGAUUGAUUCAACACAUUGAUAUUUAUUAAAUUGUCAAAAAUGUAAAA